AUGGAAUCCUCUCAAAAGAAGACAAAAAUUACCGAAACUUUGCCUGACGACCUUGUGGACCACAUCAUGUCGGUAUAUCUCCCUAUUCAAUAUGUUUUACGAAAUCGUUCUGUGUCCAAGAAGUUUAAAGACACAGAGAUCCGGUCCCGCGACCUUGAUUUCAGCAAAAUAUACUCUGUAAGAUGCAGUCAACAAAAGGCUGUACGCAUCAUUGAAAGCGUUUUUAAUGAUUACAAAGGCUCGGAGAUUAACCGAUUUGUGCUACUUCUCAAUCACAUCGGAGUGGAAGAUAAGAUACUUUCAUAGAUCAAUACAUGUAUUGGUAAAAACAUUCAAGAACUUGUGUUGGAUUUCUCUAAAUCAAAAAAAGUUGCCAACAUCCCGGUCGAUUUCUCGGCCAUCGAGACGCUAACAGUUUUGAAGCUAGGAUGGUGUAGCUUCAAAAUACCAGAUAAUUCUCUAAAGGGUUUGAAGUUAUUGAAGACACUUGCGCUAACUAAGAUUAAUGAACUGAAUAAAGACAUGAUAGAUGCAAUAUUCAGCAACUGCAUCCACCUUGAGACCCUUGAGCUUAUCAACUGUCUAAUGUAUGGGAUAUUGAGCAUCAACGCCCAAAAUCAUAAGAAGUUUAAGUCGCUAGUUGUGUCUACUAUGCCAAAUCUUUUUGAAAUUAUUGUGGAUGCACCUACUCUCGAAUGCUACAAGUAUGAUGGAUAUUGCAAUAAGAUGGUUUACUUUUCAAGAGUGCACGCACUUAAAGAGGCAAAACUCCAUUAUAAUCGAAGUUUUUCUUGGCGUUAUUCCGAUCCAUCUGACAUGCUGCUUGCUAAUAUGAGGGCCUAUAUAAGAGUUCGUGUCCUCGCAACGACCAACAUCUUUCUUGAGCUGAGUAGAGUUUAUGAUAUCAUAUGCACGAGUUGA